GUGAUGGCUGGGCCGCCUGCCCCGCUGCAGCUGCUGGGAGUGCUGCUUACCAUUACCCUGGGCUACGUUAGGCUCAUUCAGGCUGUUGCCUACUAUGGGAUCAAGCCGCUGCCACCUCAAAUGCCUCCUCAGAUCCCACCGCAAAUUCCACAGUACCAGCCCCUGGGCCAGCAAGUACCUCACAUACCUUUGGGCAAAGAUGGCCUUGCCAUCGGCAAGGAGGUGCCCCACUUGCAGUAUGGCAAAGGGUAUCCACAACUACCCCAGUAUAUGAAGGAAAUUCCACCGGGGCCAAGAAUGGGCAAGCAAGCAGCAUCCAAGAAAAGCAAAGCAGAAAUACCAUUAGCCAGUUUACGAGGGGAACAAGGUCCCCGUGGAGAGCCUGGCCCCAGAGGACCCCCUGGGCCCCCGGGUUUACCAGGCCAUGGGAUACCUGGAGUCAAAGGAAAACCGGGGCCACAGGGAUAUCCAGGAAUUGGAAAGCCAGGUAUGCCUGGAAUGCCAGGAAAACCAGGAGCCAUGGGAAUGCCUGGGGCAAAAGGUGAAAUUGGACCCAAAGGGGAGAUCGGGCCCAUGGGGAUCCCAGGACCACAGGGACCUCCGGGGCCUCAUGGACUUCCUGGCAUUGGGAAGCCAGGAGGGCCAGGGUUACCAGGGCAACCAGGGGCAAAGGGCGAUCGAGGACCCAAAGGACCACCAGGACCUCCAGGCCUCCAGGGUCCUAAAGGAGAGAAGGGCUUUGGGAUGCCAGGUUUGCCAGGGCUGAAAGGUCCUCCAGGGAUGCAUGGCCCUCCUGGCCCUGUUGGACUUCCAGGAGUGGGCAAACCAGGAGUGACAGGCUUCCCUGGGCCCCAGGGCCCUCUGGGAAAACCAGGGCCUCCAGGAGAACCUGGGCCACAGGGCCCUAUUGGAGUACCAGGGAUUCAAGGACCUCCGGGGAUGCCUGGAGUUGGAAAACCAGGCCAGGAUGGAAUCCCUGGACAGCCAGGCUUUCCAGGUGGCAAAGGGGAGCAAGGACUGCCAGGACUGCCAGGUCCGCCAGGCCUUCCAGGAAUUGGAAAACCAGGCUUCCCAGGAGUCAAAGGGGACCGUGGCAUGGGGGGUAUUCCUGGGGCUCUUGGGCCGAGAGGGGAAAAAGGACCAGUAGGUGCCCCUGGAAUGGGAGGACCCCCAGGAGAACCAGGCCUGCCUGGAAUCCCAGGUCCUAUGGGCCCUCCAGGAGCUAUUGGUUUUCCUGGACCCAAAGGAGAGGGUGGGGCUGGAGGGCCCCCAGGACCACCAGGUCCCAAGGGUGAGCCAGGACUUCAAGGCUUCCCAGGAAAGCCAGGUUUCCUUGGUGAAGUAGGGCCCCGUGGCAUGAGGGGUAUGCCAGGUCCCAUAGGGCCCAAGGGGGAGGCUGGGCACAAAGGUUUACCAGGGCUCCCUGGAGCUCCAGGGCUGCUUGGACCUAAGGGAGAACCUGGAAUCCCAGGGGAACAGGGUUUACAAGGCCCCCCAGGAAUCCCUGGGAUUGCAGGCCCUAGCGGCCCCAUUGGUCCACCUGGAAUCCCAGGCCCCAAAGGGGAACCAGGCCUCCCAGGGCCCCCUGGGUUCCCUGGAGUAGGGAAGCCUGGAGUGGCAGGACUUCAUGGCCCCCCAGGGAAGCCUGGCGCCCUUGGUCCUCAAGGCCAGCCUGGUCUUCCAGGACCCCCAGGCCCUCCAGGGCCUCCGGGUCCCCCAGCUGCAAUGCCCCCUACACUACCACCCCAUGGAGAGUAUCUGCCAGAUAUGGGGCUGGGGAUUGAUGGCGCGAAAGCUCCUCAUGCCUACGGGGUUAAAAAAGGCAAGGACAGAGGGCCAGCCUACGAGAUGCCUGCAUUUACCGCUGAGCUGACUGCGCCUUUCCCCCCAGUGGGGACCCCGGUGAAGUUUGACAAACUUCUCUAUAAUGGCAGACAGAACUACAACCCACAGACGGGCAUCUUCACCUGUGAAGUCCCUGGUGUCUACUACUUUGCCUACCAUGUUCACUGCAAAGGGGGCAACGUGUGGGUUGCUCUGUUCAAGAACAAUGAGCCCGUGAUGUACACGUACGAUGAGUACAAAAAGGGCUUUCUGGACCAGGCAUCCGGGAGCGCAGUGCUGCUGCUCAGGCCCGGAGACCGGGUGUUCCUCCAGAUGCCCUCAGAACAGGCUGCAGGACUGUACGCCGGGCAGUACAUCCACUCCUCGUUUUCAGGAUAUUUAUUAUAUCCCAUGUAAAAAAAAAAAGAAAGAAAGAAAAGGAAGAUAAAAAGAGAGAUUAAACAGAAGAAAAAAAGUGACAAUGAUGCACCAAAAAAUCCAAAUGAAAAACACACAACUGCUUCAAAAUGUUUAUACAGUUGGAAAGUUAUAUUUAAGUGAAAAUUUGGACCAU